CCGCCGCCUCCCCCCCCCCCAUUGUCCCAGUCCUUGAGUGCUUUGCCGCAGCCUGUUUGGUGCUUUUGCCCUUUGGGUCUUCCCCGACCACCGCCUUCCGCCUUCCGCCAUCCAGCGCGAAGCCCCAGAAAUCCAAUCCCCCCUCUCCGAGUCAUCUGCGAUAUCUCUCUCCACGCCCUCAGUCAUGCAGCUUUUGUCCUGACCACCCAGAGACCCGCAGACUCGAGACACCCGCGCACCAACCUCUUUCCAGAUCGGCGCUGGUGUUCUGCUACAACUCACCUCACCCACCUUUCUCUCACGCAACCCGCUGCCCGUCAUAAACCAGACUGGCCGCCUCGAGGCCCACCUGCCAGCCAGGCACCCUCACUCAAUUUCUCCACACCCUUGGCCGUCGCUGGUCGCCCUGCAAGUCAACAACCCGACGCUGCACAGGAUCGGCCUCCAACAUCACCACCACCACCACCAGUCCCCGCUGCUUCGAGCUGCAACUCCUUGGUUCAACCUGCGCGCGCAAUUGCAAAGGCCACAGCAGCAGCUCCCUCUGACCAGCACCGGUGGCAUACAGAUGACGGAAUUUCCCCUCUCAAAACACGGGCAAAUAUUGACGGUGACGUUGGGCGCCACGUCCAAUUGAUCGCCGGUGGUUGUCCGUCAAGAUGGCGGUGGUAAUUACUUCGGAAGAGGGUGCUUACUUUGCCUCCUCUACACUCCGUCGAUCUCAUUCCCAGACUAGGUUCGGCCCCAGGCAACCAGGCGGUCUUCACGGCUCGUCUUCUGCCUCGAGGAUACAAGACCUCUACCAGCCGCAACCCGUCAAAAUCUUCGCCGACUCGACGCUCUCCACUGCACCGUCCUCGCCGCAGACAAUACAUGCGUCGACCGCCGACCACUCCUGCUCCUCCACACCUGCGAGCAAUCUGUCCCUCUCGACAGACAGCGAGGUUUGUGACAAUGGGCUACUUCACGACUUGGCCGACGAGAGCGACAUCGUCUUUCCCACGUACAACGCGUACCUGGGCCCGCCAACACCUGAGGAGCUGGAGCCUCCUCCCAGCCCCCGUACUUCGAGUUCCCCUGGGUACGAAACAUCCAACACAACCUCGAAUCCCGAGACUCCCGAGUCUUCCUGUGACCUGACCGGUGGUGCCGUGGAUGACACAGCAGUCGGGGCACAGCCUACCCGUCACGUCGACUACUUGUCACAUGACUGGAAGGAGGAGGACAUCUGGUCGUCCUGGAAACACAUCAUCUCAAACAGGGAUGGCUUUGGCGGCAAUUCCGCACGGCUGGAGAAUGCCUCUUGGAGGACCUGGAUCAAGGCAAAAAACAACCUCAAGACCGUGUCUCCUGAGACGCUCAACUGGCUCAAGGACUGUGACGUAACCUGGCUCUACGGUCCUCUGUUGACCGGGAAGACAAGUGAUCUCUCACGUCCUAGAGACGAUGAAGGAGCCGCUAGCUUGUCGAAAUCCAACUCUUUCAUACACUCACAAUCAAAGAAGAAGCCGAUCCUGAAGAAGCGGAGCAUGUCAGAGAUUAUACUGCAGAAAUCAUUGUCAUCAUCCUCCCUGAUCAAGCAGGCGGCGGCGGCGGUUCAGGCUCAACAAAAGGAGAUGCCUCGUGGCAUUAGGGUGUCACCACGACCCAGAUUUGAGCGGGCUGCCACUGACUACGUGACGUUCCCCUUCUCAUCACGGCGGUUGAGUCGAGACCAGUUGAGUACCGGCCCAUCGACGUCAACCUCGGGCGUGAUCUCGCCCAACAGCGAGCGCAAGCACAUACACUUCAACGAAAAGGUUGAGCAGUGCAUUGCUGUUGACAUCAAAGGUGACGAUGAUGACGAGGAUGAUGUUGACACAGACCGAUAUAACUAUGGUAGCGACUCGGACGACGGUAUCAUGAUGAAGAAGACGAGCACCAAGAAACGGAGGCCAGUACUGAGGAGGAAGACGAGCAGUCACGCCAAGGCUGAGAAGAAGAGCAUCAACAUGUUACCACCGACGACACUCAAGUAUAGAGAGGACACACCUGAACCACCCGAGACGGCAAUGAAGCACUCGUAUAGGAGCCCAGUCAUGUCGCCAUCAUCGUCACAAGAGACUCUACGGCCGUCGAAGCCAUCUUCAAAGAUGUUUUUCGUCGAUGACGAAGACGAGGAUGACGAGGAGGAUGACGGUGACUGCUCAGAACUCAGCGACGGGUUGAGGUCGCCACCCGCCGGCGGACUCUCCUCGUCCUCGGGAUUCCGCCGCACCACUUCAUCGAGCAGCUUAAAUGCGGCCCCUUCCGGUAUGAGACGGACGGAAUCAGUGUUGUCUGGAAUGUAGGAUGGAGGAGAUGAUGUUGACUUGCUUAUUCAGAAAAAGGCUUCGCAGAGGUCAACCUCCGAUUCCGUCGUUAAGGCUGAGAGCUUCCCUCACAGGGCUGUCUCCCCGUCUUGAUGCGGCCUUUCAGCACGUCUCUCCUGCCUACCCACAACCCAGUCCAGGCCUUGUAUCUAGCGAGCGAGUGUACGAUAGCGUCUUGGAAGCAUUUGAGCAUAGGGCAUUGGUUGAACGUUGCCAUUUUCUUCCCCGCCGCCACUACGACAUCUGCCCAUUCUCAGACGGACAAUGGCUCAGUUGACUUUUGGAUCAGACCUAGCAUUCGAGUCGCGAGAGGUCUGAUCCCCACAUCACGACUCGAUAUCAGCAUCGCGGACGGCGUUUACGAACAUUACUUUCCAUCUUUGCCUACCUACCGUGCAGCAGCCGCUGCUCAUUCGGUGAAGGCCAUUCCUAUCCGGCUGUCGAUUGCCUCGUGGAGGCAGGCUGGGUGAAUUAGCCGAUUGCAACUCAUAUUGCGGCGUUGUGCAUGGUCACGGCUCAUCGCACAUGUUUUUUUCGGCGGGUGCAUGAGGAAAUGGGGUUUUCUCUUCCUCCAUUCCUUUUUUUCCCCCUGUCGCGCUUUGCCACGUUUGGCAGACGCGCGCAGGUCCAAUUUCAACGCGGGCGGUAUAAAAGAAAUAAUCUGGAUGGAAAAAGUCAUUUGAAGGUUUCAAGGGGGCGUUCAUCAGAGGAUAUAUCAUGGAUCAACGGACGGACGGACGGACUUGGGGCCAACGGGGUUCACGGGGUCUCAAAGUCAAGGGGGGGAACACACAGCCUCCUGAUAGAUAGGAGAAACCAGCCGGAACGGCCACAUGCACUCAGCGUGCGAUGGCCGGCACCAAGAAAGAAAAAAAAAAUUGGACCUCAGCACUUGUGCAAAAGUGUAUCUGGAAUGGGCCGUGGCAUCGUCGGUACGCCUACCUGGCAAGGAUGAAUCGAUAAGCCACCGGGCUGUGAAAUGAACGAUAUUCCAUGAAGGGAAGGCGGGAAGCAAACGAGGAACUCUCUCAAUCGUCUUGACAGAACCUUUGAUGGAUGUCAAGAAUCUGGCUCGCCCCUACUCAUGCGUUGGUGAACCACCGGGCCGUCCUACAGAUAUAUCUAUCUGUGCACAUGAGGUUGAUCUGGGUUCAGGGCGGCCGGGAUGGGCACGUGUGAAGAAAAUAAUUGUUCGCCUCGAGUCGUGCUGCGAGCAUUUGAGAACCACAUCCAUACUAAUAGUUCUUCUCGUAGAUAUUAUUGCCAUGCAUAUAUGAUUUACAUUGUUGUUACACCAGAGAAGCUUCUAUGAAACUUUUUACAGACCGUGUUAGAUGUUUGAAGCUGCGGGGUAUAAUGUCUACCGGCCGUCUAUGAAUGCGAAGCAUAGAGCAAACCGUCGUCCAGCCCUCCUUCGCCCGGCGUC